AGUAGUACUUUAUUCUACUCAAAUCACACCCCUUCUUUUAAUAACCAACAAACAGUCAUGAUAAGUGUCUCCAUGCUCUUUCUUUGAUGGCCAUUCUUUUAUCCACACUUCCCAAACUUGGCAAUGCCAAUUCCAAAUCCUUCAUCUCUUUCACCUCAAAACCCAUAAACUCUACCCUCAACAACCCCACUUCCAAACGCCACCUUAUCCUCCAAACUUCUUUACUCUGCAUUGGCAUUUCCCUAACUCCUCAACUCCCACCCGCUCUAUCUUCUCCUCAACCCCCUUCUUCUUCAACCAAUUCCACUCUUUCUAGCAUUGAAGAUACCGCUUCUUGGUUCCGUUUCUAUGGUGAUGGCUUCGCUAUUCGAGUCCCACCAGAGUUUCAAGAUGUCAUGGAACCAGAGGAUUUUAACGCUGGAACGUCUCUUUAUGGGGAUAGGGCAAAGCAGAAGGAAGUCGUAGCACGAUUUGUAUCUUCAGAUGGAUUGGCGACUCUGAAUGUUAUUACACGGCUGUCGAGUCAACUUAAAAUCACCUUUUUACAGGUUCAGGAUAUAUCUGGUUUAGGCUCCUUGAAAGAAGCAGAAAGAUUAUUUAUUCCAGGAGGGUCAACAGUUUACUCUGCAAGAUCAAUAAAAGUUAAGGAAGAAGGUGGUUUUAGGACUUUCUAUUUCUAUGAAUUUGGUAAAGAUCAGACUCACUUAGCAUUGAUGGCAGGCGCAAGAGGUGGAAAGGUUAUAAUUGCUGGUGCAACUGCACCAGAGUACAAGUGGGACACUGAUGGUGUAAAACUUCGUUCUGCUGUUAUGUCACUAACAGUUCUGUAGCCAUGUCUUGAAAUUUGGUAUGCCAACAUUUUUGUAUCAUGCAACAUUGUUCGCUAUUUUAAGCUGAGAUUUAUAUAUAAACUUGAUGGAAUAUAGAAGAUCACCAAUUUCCUUGUAAUGAGACUAUUUAUUUUUGUAAUGUGUAUGUAUUCCAAAACAUUCUAUUAUAUUCAAAAUGUUUCUCAGUGCAACGACGGUUGGAGACA